GGGGGAUCGAACCUCGCUCUCCACGUGCGUCUCCCCCCGUUUCGCUGUGCCGCGGCGGGUUCCUCCGCGUGGCGUGGAGCCGCCAUGCAUCCCUUGCGUCCGGGUGUCGUGCAGACACAGAAGGACCUGGAGGCCGCGAACAUGCUGCGGAGCCGCUUACAAGGCUUCGGUGGGGUGGCGCCGGCGCAUCUCCCGGGCCACGACAUCAUCAACUUCCUCCAGCAGGUGGCCACUGGAGGCAGCUCGGCGGCCGCACCGACGCCCAAGGUCGCCCCCAUCGUCGUGCCCGCCGUGGUCGCGCCGACCACGGUGCCAGCGCCGCGUGCGCCAGUGGCCCCACAUGCGCACCCCGGUGGACAUCAUGCGCCGUGGCACGCAGCUCAUGGCGUGGCGGAAGGUUUCGCUGCCACGCCGACACCCUCGCCUGCCUCGCCGCCUGCGCCGACAGCGCCAGGGCCUACCUUUAGCAAGGCCACACCGGUGCCGCCGCCGAAGACUCUCACCGACGAGCGUGAACGCUCGUCCUCGACCCGUGCAAGCGCCACGGACGAGGACCUGGCGCAGGCGCUGUCCAGCCACCUGCAGAACCCCUCAGGGGCACCCACUGCGGAACUGCUCCAGGCCUUAGCGAGGGCCGCCCAUCUGGAAGAUGAGGAGGUUCCCAAGCCGCCGGCCUUUGAUUCCUGGGAGACCCAGGUGGCCUCCCCACCUCCCCCGCCGGAGGGGGAGCCCGGGCCGUCGCUGAGGGCCCAGGAGCCGCCCCCGCCGCCGGACGAGCCGAGCUUCGGGGGUCGCGCCGCACGGCACGGAGCCUUGAAUCAGCUCGCCCGGAACGCUGUAACUGCGGCAGGCAGUUCGGUGGAGGCCCAGGCCGCUGCAAAGGCAGCUGUGGAGCAUUUGAUGAAGUCGCUGGAGGGGAAGACUCCGGCAGAGCUCCUGGAAGCUGAUGCAGGAUCGUUGGAUGGUGAAGGGCACGAUGCCAGUGCUCGCGCUGUGGCCAUCGCGGCCGCGGGGCCGGAGACCUGCACCUUUCGCUAUGACCUCACGCCCAACGACGACGCCGAGGCCACCUUCAGGAACAUUCGAAGACGGAUUGAAUUGGAGAUGAGUGACGGCUGUGUGGUGCAGAUCAGUCUUCAAAUGGUGAGGCGACCUGCGCAGAGAUAGGCCUUCUCACUCCGGCUUCGGAUGAAAAA